AUGGAGGAUCAAAAGCAAACGAGUUUCACGUUUAAGAUAGAUAACUUCUCCGACAAGGAAGGUGCGAUAUCAUCAUCAACAUUCUCAUGCGGCGGCUGCGAAUGGUACGUUGAUGUUUAUCCCAAAGGAAGUUAUAAUGUUGAUGAUCACGUGUCUAUGUACCUCCAAGUUGCGAAUCCUGAAUCACUGAGACUUGGAUGGAAAAGACGAGCUAGUUAUUCCUUCGUUCUGUUGAAUCAGUCAGGCAUAGAGCUCUUCAGAAAAGAUGAAUCGUUGUGCCAGCUGUUCUGCGCUCAGUUCUCCGGACGGGGUUUGGUCAAGGCCGUACCUCUUAAAAAGCUUCAAGAAAAAGGGUUUUUGGAGAAGAACAAAUUGAUAGUUAAAGUGGAAGUCAAAGUAGUUGAAGCUAUUGAUCAAGGAAAAGCAACUGGAAACGAGACGUUUGUUUAUAAUGGUUUCCAUGUUCGGUAUACUCAAGUUUCCUCAGUGAGUCGGCUUUUCGUAGAACACCCGGACAUUGCUGUAAAUUUCAGACCAAUUUGCUAUUCGGUGAAGACAACAUACAUGAAUCUCCUCCUCAAUCUCAUCGAGACACUGAACAAGCCUCCACAUAGCUUCACGGAAACUGAGCUAAGCAACGCGCAUAGUGAAUUGAUCAAGCUAACAGAAGCGGGUUUCAAGCUAGACUGGUUGAAGACAAAGCUUGCUGAGGUUACCUUGGAGAGGAAGAAAUCAAAUUCUGAUGAUGAUGAUACUCAAUUCCAAGAACUCGAGGAACAAAACAAGAAUGUCAAAGUUGAACUGAACAAGGGGAAAAGAAAGUCGAGUGCUAAAGUCUUAUCACUGGAGCAGAUAAGAACAGAGAAACCAACAAAGCGUUUUUGUAGUAGAGAUAUGGAGGAUCAAGAGGAGACGAGUUUCACGUUUGAGAUAGAUAACUUCUCCGACAAGGAAGCUGUGAUAUCAUCACCAACAUUCUCAAGCGGCGGCUGUGAAUGGUACGUUGAUGUUUAUCCCAAAGGAAGUUAUAAUGUUGAUGAUCACGUGUCUAUGUACCUCCAAGUUGCGAAUCCUAAAUCAUUGAGACUUGGAUGGAAAAGACGAGCUGAUUAUUCCGUUGUUCUGCUGAAUCAAUCAGGCCAAGAGCUCUUCAAAAUAAAUGAUUCCUCGUGCCAAUUGUUCUGCGCUCAGUUCUCAGGACGGGGUAUUGCAAAUGCUGUGCCUCUUAAGAAGCUUAAAGAAGAAGGGUUUCUAGAGAAGAACAAAUUGAUAGUGAAAGUGGAAGUAAAAGUAGUUGAAGUUGUUGAUCAAGGAAAAGCAACUAGAAACGAGACAAUUGAUUAUAAUGGUUUCCACGUUCUGAAUUCUCAGGUUUAUUCAGUGAGUCGGCUUUUCGUUGAGCACCCGGACAUUGCAGAAAACUUGAGAUUUAAGAACCAAGUGCUGAAGACAACUUGCAUGAAUAUCCUCCUCGGUCUCAUCCAGACACUGGACAAGCCUCCACAUAGCAUCUCUGAGACUGAGCUAAGCGACGCGCAUAGCCAAUUGAUCGAGCUAACGGAAGCGGGUUUCAAGCUGGACUGGUUGAAGACAAAGCUUGCUGAGGUUACCUUGGAGAGGAAGAAAUCAAAUUCUGAUGAUGAUACUCAAGUCCAAGAACUCGAGGAACAAAACAAGAAUUCUGCUUCUCCUAAAGGUUUUUCGUUCAAGAAUGUUGUUUACUUUUGGAAUACCAAGAAGUAA